AUGAGUGUCGUGCAAGAAGGUUCCGUCACAGACGUGGCCGUCGACAAAGGCAUAAAAACAACAUUGAAGACAAGCGUCACCCCGCUACCCCCAUCUCCAAAACUCGAUGACACAAAAGACAAAGUCGAGCUCAAGCCCCAGUUCCAGAUUGAAGAGCACCCCGUUGAUAAAGUCCGCAACAUCAAAGUGGGCAUCAUCGGCGCAGGUCUAUCAGGAGUCACAGCGACUUCUCUGUUACGCGCAAAGUUACCCGGCAUAGAUUUGACGGUGUACGAUAAAAAUAGCGACAUUGGCGGAACGUGGUUUGAGAAUACCUAUCCUGGUGUGCGCUGUGAUAUCCCUGCACACGUAUAUCAAUCCGGCUUUGAGCCGAAUACCCAGUGGAGCGAAGAGUUUGCACAGGGACAUGAGAUCCGCGAGUACUGGCAACGCGUGGCCAGGAAACAUGGCGUCUACACGCAUUUGAAGCCCAGGCAAAAAGUUCUCAGAGCAGAUUGGAUCAAUGAGGAGACGAAAUGGAAACUCACGAUUCAAGAUUUGAAUAACGACCAGGUGUACGAGGAAAAACUAGACUUUGUCAUCACCGCCUUUGGACAUUUCAAUGCAUGGCGACUUCCGGAUUACGAGGGACUGGAAUCGUUCAAAGGGCCACUCUUUCACUCCUCAAACUGGGAUCACAGCGUCGAUCUCAAAGACAAGCGAAUUGCCCUCAUUGGCAACGGCGCCUCCGGUCUGCAGGUGCUACCGUCUAUCCAGCCAUUAGGUAGCCAUAUCGAUCAUUACGCGCGCAACCGCACUUGGGUGGUGGACUCGUUCAACGCAUCUGGUGUCCGCAGACUGGAACCAAAUCUCUUCAGCGACGAGGAGAAGGAGUCCUUCAAAAAUCCCGAGAAAUACCUCCACUACCGCAAGAAAGUCGAGGCAGACUACUUCCGUCGAUUCGGUGUUAUUUUCAAAGACCACCCGCUCAACAAAGAACUCCGAGCCAAAUGGACAGAGCUCAUGCUUCGCAGAGCCGACCCCAGCUUAGCAGACAAAAUCAUCCCGGACUUCCCGCCGAAUUGCCGCCGUCCCACGCCUGGACCGGGGUAUUUGGAGGCCCUGUCCAAGCCAAAUGUGUCAUACAUUCAGGACCGGAUUCAGAAAUUCACCGAAAGGGGCAUUGUGACUGUGGAUGGAACGGAGCGCGAGGCCGAUGUGGUUAUUUGCUCUACCGGUGCAGAGGUCAGCAUGGCGCCUCACUUCCCCAUCGUUGCCAACGGCGUCGACUUGCAAGGAGCAUGGAAGCCCGGCGGCUCGUAUGGCUACCCUCACACUUACCUUGGACUUGCAGCUCCGGGAUUCCCCAACAUAGCAUGGAUUCUAGGACCAACGUCUACGGGAUUCAGUGGCACGGUCCCUAACGCAGUCGAGAACCAGGUGACAUACAUCGCAAAAAUGAUUAGGAAAUUACGCAGCCAGGGCAUUGCCACUAUCACGCCCUCGUUUGCUGCAGCGAGGGACUAUAAUGAAUAUGCCGCGCAGUUCUAUCCGCGCACCGUCUGGACAGGGAAUGACGAUUCGUCGGAAACCAACAAGAACUGCUCUUCGUGGUACAAUGGCGGUAUUCAUGGAGGCCGUGUUGUUGCUCUGUUUCCCGCUAGCGCUGCUGCUGUGAACUACAUUUUGAGGGAUCCGCGAUGGGAGGAUUUUGAGUAUACGUACACGAAUAAGAGCGGGAAUAGGUUCGGGUGGUUUGGGAAUGGGUGGAGGAGCAGGGAGGCGUCGGGCGAUGACAGUGUCGACUUGACGCCGCACCUGAAAUCGUCAGAGGCGGUGGAUUUGAGGUCUUAUGGCGAGGGCUGGUGGGAUGUAUAG